CCUAAGGCUUGGGGCGCGGUUUUCACUCAAUCUGCGUCUCCUGCUCCAGAUCCCCUCGACACCCGGUUACCCCUCCCACCCCCAAGGGGACCCCUCCCAACAGGUCCCCCCUCUGUCUGCCGGGGAGCCCUCAUUCACACAAGGACCCCUUCACGCCAACCCUCGGUUCAAACACGCACACACGCGUGUAUAAAAUACACAAGUGCCAUACACACAGAUUCACACACACACGCGUGUAUAAAAUACACACGUGCAAUACACACAGAUUCACACACACGCGUGUAUAAAAUACACAAGUGCCAUACACACAGAUUCACACAGUCACGCGUGUAUAAAAUACACAAGUGCCAUACACAGAUUCACACACACCCGUAGAGUACAAUACACAGACAUAACUAUACACGUAAAUCACCAUGUAAUUACACUCGGUGCCACGCACUCGCCCAAAAUCACAUGCAUACCAACAUACAAACAGGUCCACACAAAUACGGACACGCGCGCAGUCUCACACACGCUGUAGCGCCAUGGGUUACGCCCGUGCCCGCCUUUAACGGGAGUCAUCAGCAUCCAUCGGCAGCAACAUCUUCGGCAGCGGCAGGAGCGAGCACACCACCACCACCACCAUCAUCGUCAUCAGCGUAAACAUGUGCAUCGUUCAGCAUCAGCAUUAUCAUCAACACCAUCAUCAUGAUGGUCUUCACCAGCAGCAGCAUCUGUAGCACUAUCAUCAUAAAACAUCACCGACAUCAUCACCACCACCACCACGACCAUCACCGCCACUGCCAUCAUCGCCAUCACCACCACCACCGCCGCCACCACCAUCAUCGGCGUCAGCUGGAGCCGCGCCCUUAUCGCUGGAGCCGCCCUGGGUCCAGAGACGCCGUGAGACCCCGAGAGAGAGAGACAGCCGGCUCGAGAUGUCGAAUCUCUUGAGUGAGGAUGUGCCCGACAUUGAGGCUCUGCUGCACCUGAACCCGCGGGUCGCCACCUCCGCCAAGCUGCGCUCCACCACGGCAGCGCAGAGCGCCAAGAGGCACUGGAAGAGAAACUCGGCCAAGGGAGGGUGCGACACGUGCGAGUCCUUGGAGAAGAACUUUGAGGACAUAAAGCACACGACGCUGGGAGAGAGGGGGGCUCUGCGUGAGGCAUCCAGGUGCCUGAAGUGUGUGGACGCGCCGUGCCAGAAGAGUUGCCCCACCCAGAUCGACGUGAAGGCCUUCAUCACCAGCAUCGCCAACAAGAACUACUAUGGAGCGGCGCGCGCCAUCCUGUCGGAGAACCCGCUGGGGCUGUCGUGCGGCAUGGUGUGCCCCACGUCCGACCUGUGCGUGGGGGGCUGCAACCUCUACGCCACCGAGGAGGGGCCCAUCAACAUCGGGGGGCUCCAGCACUUCGCUACCGAGGUGUUCCGCCUCAUGGGGGUCCCUCAGGUGUGGGACCCGGCGCUGCCCCCCGUGGAGUCGCGGGCGGCCGCAUUUGGCGAGCGCGUGGCCCUGCUGGGCUGCGGUCCGGCCAGCAUCAGCUGCGCGUCGUUCCUGGCGCGGCUCGGCUACUCGCACCUCACCGUGUACGAGCGCGCCGACUACACCGGAGGGCUGAGCGCGUCGGAGAUCCCGCAGUUCCGCCUGCCGCUGGAGGCCGUGCGCUUCGAGGUUCGGCUCAUGCAGGACCUGGGCGUCAAGGUUGAGUGUGGCCGUGCUCUGGCUGUGGGAGACCUGACGCUCGAGUCUCUGCGAAAGGACGGAUUUGCAGCGGUGUUCAUCGGCAUCGGGCUGCCGGAGCCCACGGUGGCUCCGCUCUUUGAGGGCCUCACGGAGGAGCAGGGCUUCUUCACCUCCAAAUCCUUCCUGCCACGCGUCGCCAAGGCCAGCAAGCCCGGCCUGUGUGGGUGCACGUCCCCGCAGCUGCCCGUGCUACGCGGCGUGGUGCUGGUGCUGGGCGCGGGCGACACGGCGUUCGACUGCGCCACGUCGGCGCUGCGCUGCGGUGCGCGCCGCGUGCUCGUCGCGUUCCGCCGUGGCUUCACCAACAUGCGCGCCGUGCCCGAGGAGGUGGAGGUGGCCCGCGAGGAGCACUGCGAGUUCCUCCCGUUCGCGUCUCCGCGUCGCGUCGUGAAGCGCGGCGGCCGCAUCUGCGCCGUGGAGUUUGCGCGCUCGGAGCAGCAGGAGGACGGCAGCUGGGUGGAGGACGAGGAGCAGAAGGUCGUCGUGAAGGCCGACUUCGUCAUCUCCGCCUUCGGCUCCACGCUGCUCGACCCCGCCGUGUUGGGCGCGCUGUCCCCGCUGGAGCUGACGCGGCAGGGCGUGCCGCGCGUGGACCCCGCCACGAUGGGCGCCAGCGAGCCGUGGGCGUUCGUCGGCGGCGACGUCGCCGGCCUCGCCAACACCACCGUGGAGUCGGUCAACGACGGCAAGACGGCCGCCUGGCACAUCCACGCCUACCUGCAGUCCCUGCACGGCGUGCCGGUGAGCGGCGAGCCGCGGCUGCCCCUCUUCUUCACGCCGAUCGACACGGUGGACCUGUCCGUGGAGAUGGUCGGCCUGCGCUUCCCCAACCCGUUUGGCCUGGCGAGCGCCCCGCAGUGCACCACCUCCGCCAUGAUCCGCCGCGCCUUCAACGCCGGCUGGGGCUUCGCCGUCACCAAAACCUUCGCCCUCGAUAAGGACCUGGUGACGAACGUGUCCCCGCGCAUCGUGCGUGGCACGACGUCGGGGCCCCUCCUGGGGCCCGGCCAGGGCUCGUUCCUCAACAUCGAGCUGAUCAGCGAGAAGACGAGCGCCUACUGGUGCCACAGCGUCGCCGAGCUCAAGAGGGACUUCCCGGACAAGAUUCUCAUCGCCAGCAUCAUGUGCGGCUACAUCAAGGAGGACUGGACCCAACUCGCCAAGAUGGCCGAGGAGUCGGGAGCCGACGCGCUGGAGCUGAAUCUCUCCUGCCCGCACGGCAUGGGGGAGCGCGGAAUGGGGCUCGCGUGCGGGCAGGACCCCGAGCUGGUGCUGAACAUCUGCCGCUGGGUUCGCGCCACGGUCCGGGUUCCCUUCUUCGCGAAGAUGACCCCGAACAUCACCAACAUCGUGGUGAUCGCGAGCGCCGCCAAGGAGGGGGGGGCGGACGGCGUGACGGCCACCAACACGGUAUCGGGGCUCAUGGGCCUGCGCGCCAACGCACGUCCGUGGCCCGCGGUGGGGGUCGAGCAGAGGACCACGUACGGGGGCAUGUCCGGCAAUGCCAUCCGCCCCGUGGCGCUGCGGGCCGUGUCGGCCAUCGCCCAAGCGCUGCCGGGGUUCCCCAUCAUGGCCACGGGCGGCAUCGACUCGGCAGAGGCCGGCCUCCAGUUCCUGCACUGUGGGGCCUCUGUGCUGCAGGUGAGCAGCGCGAUACAGAACCAGGAUUUCACGCUGAUCGACGACUACUGCUCGGGUCUGCGAGCGCUCCUCUACCUGGGCUCCAUGGACGAACUCCGCUCCUGGGAGGGGCAGAGUCCCCCCACGGCGCCGCACCAGCGCGGCAAGGUCCUGCCCCGCCUACCGCAGCUCCUCGGCAAGAGCCUCCCGCACUUCGGGCCCUUCCUGGAGGAGCGGCGCCGUUUACUCGCCGAGGCGAAGCUGCGGGGCGGAGAGAUGGCGGCCCCCACCACGGAGCCCCUCCACGCGCCCAGCAAAGCCACCCCGCAUGUCAAGGAUGUGAUUGGCCGGGCUCUGGCGCACAUUGGCUCGUACGCCGAGCUGGACAACUCGCAGCAGGUCGUGGCCGUGGUGGACCCAGAGCUCUGCAUCAACUGCGGGAAGUGCUACCUGACGUGCAACGACUCGGGAUACCAGGCGAUAGAGUUUGGCGGGCACGACCAUGUUCCGCUCGUGACCGAUCGCUGCACAGGCUGCACGCUGUGCCUCAGCGUGUGCCCCAUCCACGACUGUAUCACCAUGGUGACCCGCCCCACGCCCUACAUCCCCCAGCGUGGCGUGCCCGUCGCGGUGUAACAACGCAACUACCACCAAGACAUGCACCACAACCACGUACGCGGUCACCGCCACUACCAAUUGCAUACCUCAUCACCACGACUACCACCGAUGUCACCACCACAAAUGACGCAAUAACACGAUCCCCAGCACUGCUGCAAAUGCCUGCGACCAUCGCCUCUGCACUCGAAGUUUUAGCCAUGCUUUUAAAUUGCUCGAUGAAAUGCGCAAUAUGGGUAUAUUCUGUGAUUAAACCUUAAAUAAAUUUAUCUACACUUUUAUAAAUCUCUACAUCGCGAUGCGGCCGAAUGAUUUAGCGCGAGCCACGUGAUGCGGCGACAGGUGGCUUUCUUGUCGCGGCCUUGGUGAAUAAAUUGGCCACGGCGUGGCGGCAGUGCC